AUGUGUCUUAAAUUGGCCCUUUUCUUCAGCGUCUUUGCUUUCAUCAACGCUUGUUCCGAAACGCCACGGCAAGUUCCAGCAAAUGUUCCCGCGAAAGGUUUGAUUCUCGAUCAGAUUCACGAUGUUCAACGAACUUGGCAAAACCUGCGUAAUGAUCGCUAUUCAAUUGUUUCGUCUAUCCUCGUCAGGCUUUUCAGUGAGAACGAUGGCGCUCAGAAAUUCUUUUCCAAAUUUGCUAACGUUCCCAUCGAGUCUUUAAAGGGCGACAAAGAAUAUAAUAAACAAGUUGCUGUCGUCGCCGAUCGCCUAGACAACAUCAUCACAGCCAUGGACGAUAAAGUGCAACUCUUGGACAACAUCGAUUACAUGAAAUGCAGCCACAUUGAACGCGGCAUUCCUCGUGGACCUUGGAAAGAUUUCAGUCGCAUCCUGUUCGAUGUGCUCGGCUCUGCGGGAAUGUCUUCGAAAGAGUUGAAUUCAUGGAAGAACGUUUUGACAGUUUUCAUUAAUGGAAUUGCGCCCGUGAAUUAAAACUCAACAUUCGCAAUGGUUUUAGAGAAUCCACGACGACGAUGAUUAUAAAUGAGGCCAAAAGAGUGUAAUAGAGAGCUUACCUUUCAUGUUGAUUUCUAUGAAUAUCCAUUACAACACUUCAGCUGAUGCUUGUUCACGAUCACGU